AUGGCCAUUAACAACUGCCGUGAGCAAACUACCAAAACUCUGAGCCACUUGCUCCUACUGCGACUACAACCUGGAUAUCUGGACCGUCUGAUUGACAGCAUGCAUGAUCUCAAACGUCAGGCAGACCGCGCCAAAACCAAAAUGGUAGAGGCCACUGCCGCCGUUAAGCAAGCUGAAAACGAACUCACAGACCUUCAUGCAGAACUAGUUGAGGAUCAGCGCGAGUGCAAGGAACUUAUUCGCUUCGUAAGUACUAGAUCGUUAUCCUCGGAUGCGCACAUUUCAAGCAAUACUUUUUUAAAUAAAUAA